CGGUGAGCGAAAAGCCGCAGUCGCGCUGUCGCUGGUGCUUGCUUUCAGGUCCAAGCACAUCGACGAGUCGGAAACAAUAAUCGGUAACCGUUGGGAAGCGCUCGGCGAAGAAAACAUCGCCUGCACGGCAUACCUGUGCCGCCAGUCUGUACCCUGACUGCAGAUCCGUGUGUGUGCCUGAAUACGCCAGCCAUAUCGCGACCUAUCGACUGAUUCCUUCCGGAUCUUUUGGGUGCAGUGCGACCACCUGGUCGAGUGUGGCUGUGUCCGAGUGAUGUGAGUGACGUCAAGGACUAACUAAAUUUGCGGUUGGACCUCAUCUCCAGACAUGAGGGCGAAAUGGAGCUGCUGAUUUGAACUCGGAAUCCCAAAUGCCAACAGCCCAGCCAAUGGAGUUCGAAAAGGGAGACCUUGUGUGGUUUGACCCUGGUAUCGGAUAUGUAUUACCAGGCGAGGUGCUCGAGUAUCACCGGGCAGGGCAGGUGGUUACUGUCCAGGCCCUCAUCGCCGGAAAGCCUCAAGUUUUCACUCUCACCAGCUUAAAUGGGGUGAAAAAGAGACAAGACCUAGGCCUAACCGGCCUAGAUGACAUGAUACAGCUAUCGGAUUUGAAUGAGGCUUCGCUGCUAUGGAAUUUGAAAAUUCGCUACGACAAGGAACUGAUUUAUACCUACACUGGAAGCAUCCUCGUGGCUGUGAAUCCCUACAAAAUGUUUGACAUUUAUGGCUUGGACAUGGUCAAGAAAUAUGAAGGCCAGAUCAUGGGCACUUUGCCACCCCACUUGUUUGCGGUCGGUUCGUGCGCGUACAGCCGAAUGAGCAAAGACUCGGAGAGUCAGGUGGUUGUCAUUUCUGGAGAGAGUGGCUCAGGCAAGACCGAAAGCACCAAGCUGGUUAUGCAGUAUCUGGCCGCUGUCAACAAAGCCACUUCCAACCUCAUAACCGAGCAAAUCCUGGAAGCUUCUCCCCUGCUCGAAAGUUUUGGCAAUGCGAAAACGGUUAAAAACGACAAUUCCAGUCGGUUUGGGAAAUACCUGGACGUCCACUUCAAACAGGGUGUGAUAGUUGGUGCCAAAAUUACUGAGUACUUGCUAGAAAAGUCAAGAAUAGUGACUCAAGCUCAAGAUGAGCGCAAUUACCAUAUUUUCUACGAGAUGCUCAAAGGACUCAAUGCUGAAGAGAAGGAAAAAUACGGACUCUUGACUGCAGAGAAAUAUUUUUACCUUAAUCAGGGUGGAAGCUGUGAAAUUGACGGCAAAAACGAUCUUGAGGAUUUCCAAUCCCUCUUGUCAGCCAUGCAGGUCUUGGGGCUGAAUUCUGAUGAGCAAGACACGAUUUUCAGAAUAUUAGCUUCCGUUUUGCACUUGGGCAAUGUGUACUUCCAUCGGAAGCAGCUGAAGCAUGGCCAGGAGGGCGUUGAAAUUGGGUCAGACGCUGAAAUCAGAUGGGCAGGGCACUUGCUUCAGCUCAACGUUGAUGGAAUCAAGAGGUCUCUCACCAUGAAAAUUACUGAAGCUCGAAAUGAGCGCCUUUUCACGCCACUGAGCAUUGACCAGGCCUUGGACGCACGUGAUGCCUUCGCCAAGUCGCUCUACAGCACUCUUUUCUCGUGGCUUGUGGCGCGAAUCAAUCAGAUUGUCUGCAAAGGUGGGAAAAGAACCGCCAUUUCCAUUCUCGACAUCUUUGGAUUCGAAGAUUUCAAGGAAAACAGCUUUGAGCAGUUGUGCAUUAAUUAUGCCAAUGAAAACCUUCAAUUUUACUUCAACAAACACAUUUUCAAAUUGGAACAACAAGAAUACGCAAAAGAGAAAAUCGAGUGGCAGACGAUUACAUAUACGGACAAUUUGCCGGUCAUCCAUCUCAUCGCCAAAAAACCAGUUGGCAUUUUGCAUCUUCUUGAUGACGAGUCAAAUUUCCCAAAGGCCACUGAUAUAUCUUUCCUUGAAAAAUGUCACUACAACCACGCACUGAAUGAGUUGUAUUCAAGACCAAGAAUGUCUAGCAUGGAAUUUGGCAUCAGGCACUAUGCUGGACAGGUUUGGUACAACGUUGAAGGCUUUUUGGAUAAAAACAGGGACACCCUGAGGCAAGAUGUGGUCGAACUGCUCAUUGGAAGCAAAAUCCCGAUGGUGAGCAAAAUGUUCCAAUCCCUGAGAAACUACCAAGAGACUACAAAAACUUUGAACAAAGCGAACGGUAGAUUUGUCACCAUGAAGCCUCGAACUCCGACAGUGGCUGCGCGAUUCCACGAUUCCUUGCAGCAACUUUUGGAAUCUAUGUCCAAGUGCAACCCUUGGUUUGUGCGCUGCAUCAAACCAAACAACGAAAAAGCCGCUAUGAAGUUUGAUAUGCCGGUUGUGCUGGAACAACUGCGAUACACUGGCAUGUUGGAGACUAUCCGAAUCAGGAAGACUGGUUAUCCAGUUCGGCUUAGGUUUGGUCAGUUUGUUGAGAGAUACAGGUACCUUCUUGGCCCGACCGCCCUUCCAAAGGGCACGCCUUUGCGGGAAGUGUGCAGAGCUAUUUUGGACAGAGAGCCAGAGAACUAUCAGCUAGGCACUCACAGAGUGUUCUUACGCGAAACUCUUGAGAGGCGUUUGGAGGAAGAGAGAGCGCGUGUUCUUGGCACUGCUGUACUGAAAAUCCAGAAAAAUGUGAGAUCCUAUCUCGCAAGACGCAAAUUCCAGCAGCAAAAGAGGGCCGCUGUGACUGUGCAAACAGCUUACCGAGGCUAUGCUGCGAGGAAAAAUUUCAGACUGAAGCGCAAAGUUGCCCUGAAAGCUCAAGCAAAUUACAAAAUGAAGAAAGAGAGGAAGCGAUUCACAGAAAUGAAGGCUGAGCUGAAGAGGAGGGCCGAGGUGGAGAAGAUGGCCCGGGAGAGGGCCAAAAGCAAAGCCCACAAGGAGGAACAGGAACGCACCUCCAGGGCUGUUGCUGGGGUCAACCACCUGGAAAUUCCUGCGGAAUUGGCUUUUAUCUUCAGCAAGUUGGACGAUUGGCAGCCAAUUCACUCGGAGCGCAACCUGGUAAAGGUGGUGGGCGCCCUGCCAAGUCGGUCUGACCGUUAUUACCUGCCCCAUGACAUUGAUCAACAUGCCUUCACCAAGUUCACAAACAUCUAUUUCAAAUCUCACGUCUGGGGCAUGAAACGGGAGCCAAUCAAGACUCCUUUCUUGGCUAAAAACAAGGACAUUGAUUACCAAGACUCGUUGGCGAUCUUCAAACUCAUUCUGAGAUUUAUGAAUGAUAAUAACCUGAGUCCCAAGAAGGAGCAGGCUUUGGGCGACUAUAUUGUGAACAAGGGAUUGAUAAGCGAUAAAAUGAGAGACGAGAUUCUCUGUCAACUGUGCAACCAGACGUGGAAAAACGAAAACGAAGCGAAUAACGAGCGCGGUUGGCUUCUGAUGGCCAACUGCCUCAGCUGCUUCCCUCCUUCAAAGACCUUCUAUAAGUAUCUGCUCAAGUACGUGUCUGACAGCGCUUACAACGGCUACAAGGCCGCGUGCCAGCGCAAGCUUCUGCAGUCAGCCAGAGCAGAGUGCCAGUUGGCCCGCGCGUAUCCUCCUUGCUUACUCGAGUGGAGGGCGAACCGGAAGAGGGUAAACAUGUCCCUUGAAUGCCAGUUCCCCGAUGGAGAGGUCAGAAACACUCCAGUUGAGUCGUGGACAACUGGUGAGGAGCUGGCUGGACUGGUCAUUCGAGACAGGGGUAUUGCGGAGUGUCAUGGCUGGACAGUUUCCUGCCACAGCGAAGAUGACAAUGAAGGGGAAGUUCGAGAAAUGUGUGGAUUCGACUAUGUGCUUGACUUGGUGUCUGAAAUGGAAUUGGCACCUGCAUUCCCUGUAGUGAAAAACUACUUCCUUGUCUCUGGAAAGAAAGGAAAGCGAAUGCCGCAAUUCUCUUCUAUGGGUGCACUUACGGUGGAUAUCGACGAUCAUUCCCCAAGACGGCCAGCAAACCCUCCGCCUGAGCCUCCAGUGACGAAGCAAAUUUCUCGUAAAAUGUCUCAUGAGGUCAUAUCGGAAAAGUGGGCCGAUUCGCAGCAACCUGGUCGCACUCGCUCGCAGUCUCGCGAUCACACCAACGACAUUGGCCUUUCCAGGAAAUCGGCCUUGAACGACAGAUACUUUGAGGAGAAAACUCGCAGCAGAAGUCUAGACAAUCUCCUAGGAGACGAGGCUGUGCCUGCCCGGAAGCUGCAAAAUUUGGGCCUGUCUCAGAGCAAACUGAAUGACCGAUAUCGGUCAAUUGAAAAACUGGAAGUGCCUGUCAUGGUGCACAACCAGGAAUACAUGACUCGCAAUGAAGUUGAAGAGGCUUUAGAGUCGAUUUCCCAGCGAGGCGUUAGCAAAAUGAAUGAUGAUGUGCCGAAGAGUCAGUGGUCCAAAUUUGGACUGAGUGGCAGCAACCUUAACGACAGAUACUUCAAAGAAAACCACGCUGAUGCUCAAAGUGAGCUAGACAGUGAAUUCAGUACACCGAACAUCCAGCCAGAAUUCCUUGAUCGUGGUAGACCUAGACGACCUCCUUCGGUUGACAACUCUGUCAACAAAAGACGCGUUUCUGCCUCUGACUUUGACAACUACAGAGACAAGAACAAUUUCAACACUGGCAGCACGCACGACGGCCAGCUCGCUCGUCACGACGGCUCCUCCACCAGCCAGCUGCCUUCUAACGGCCACGACGACUUCGACUUUGGCCAUGGCCGCCUGGGCAGAGGCCACCCCAGAUUCAUUAAGUCGCACAACGCUGCCAAGAGAACCCCUGGCAGCCACUCGAGUAGGAAUUAUCUCGAGAAAUCCGAGUACAGCGUCAAGUCGUCUGCGCUCUCAGAUACCAGCGAAGCACCAUCCCUCGCGUCCCACGUUCGCCGAGUGCGGGUGCCUUCGCAGGCCUCAGACGUGGACCAGUUCCUGGACGACCUGUUUAUGCCAGUGCUGGACGGCAAUCUUGAUGAGCUGUCGGACGCUCGCUCGUUGGCUGCGUCGCUCAAGGGCGGUGGCCAAAAGGGGCAGGGCGGCCAGGUGGAGUGCGGACAUGAAGAGGAGGUUGACCACGAGGUGGCCUCCAUCACACAGUCCCUCUCCAGAACUCGACGCGGCUUUUGCGCUGCCUCGAGUCAAGCGGAGGCCGUGAACUCCGAGAGCGUCGAUGACUACAUCCAGGGGCUGUUGGCCCCAGUUUCGCUCAACGGCAGCCUUAAGAAACUCAGCUCGGCCACGACUCUCGCUGACACAAUCAAAGGCGGAGGCGACAGCAUCGGUGGACUGGAAACCUCUUCCUCCCAGAGCCAAGCCAAAGGAUUUGGUUUCACUCCAAUCCCCGGCAUGACCUCCCCUACUCCAAUGGGAAUGAUGUCUGGCAUGAUGUCACCAACUCAGAUGAUGAUGCCAACUAUUCCAGUUUACACGCCGACAGCACAAGCUGCUUUCAUGACCCCAGGAGGCCUCAGUACCUCUGCCGGCUCGCCCACAUUCUUUUCCACCCCAAUGGGUGGCGAGCAAGCUAGCAUCCCCACACCUUUCUCAGCUACCCCAGGCCAGCAGCAGCCCUUUGUGCCUGUGCCAAUCUACAACAUGCAAGGACUUAAUCUGCCGUUCAACCAAAUGGACCCAGGACAAGUUGCUGCGUACCAGCAAAACCUCCAGAGAGCGUUCUUGCAGUCAGCCAUGGCUCAGAACAUGCAAAUCCAGCAUCAGCUAAUGGCGCAAAACCAAGCUCUGCAACAGAUGCUGCAAGUGCAAGCGUCGCCGUCAACAUCAAGUGGUCCUGUUCAGGGUGGUGCGCCAGAGAUGACACCACCUCCACCCCCACCCCAGUUUCCGCCACCACUUUCAAGUGGUGCUGCUCAACCACAACGAAGUGCCCCCCAGCAGAGCUCCAAUUUGUUCACGCCAGUGAGCAGCAAGGAGUCAGGAGCGCCCAGAAAAAGCAGCGCGAAGGGUACCUCUCAGCAUGCUGCCUUCGGCAAUGUGCUCACUGAACUUAAAAACCGCAAAGUUUCUCAAGACUCUGUGGGAAAGAAUUUUAUGGACCAUUCCUUUCAGCAAAACCAAGCAAUCCCUCCCCCUCCACCAAUGCCUCCAGCUCCUGAAAAUUGCGACCCGUCAGGGUCACGACCUUUCGUCGAUGUUUAUGGCAGAGCCAAGACUGUGAGAAUUGGCAAGUGGAGGUGGCCACCGCCAAAGGAAAGCGUUGAUCAGAAUCCCGACAGCUUUAUGGAAUUCAAAAUCAGACAACAUCACCGCAAAUCCGCGCAGCACCAGCAUCCAAUUGAUCUGGGCGAUAAUGGAAUGGGUUACGACAGAAAUGACUCUGUGGAGUGGGAAGAGUUUGAGGUUGAAGGUCAACCUACUCCCAAAGAAACUACUCCUGUGAAAAAGAAUUCUGUGGAGCACAAAACUGACGUGUCUGGAUUUAAGGCUUUUGAAAUUGGACCAAGGAAAACUACUCCAGGAAGUAUCGGCAAGCUGCGCAUUAGCAGUGAGAUGCGGCAAAAACUGGAGAUGGUCACUGCUAACCACAGCAUGAGGUCCACCACCAAGCCUGAAAAGCCUUCCUUGCUGCCCAUGAAGGAGCAGAGGGCAGUAAAAAAGCUAGAGGAUAAUAGGAAAUUGCUGCUUGAACAGCAACUAGCUGGCCGAUGGGACACUGUUGACUCAGUGGAAGCUGUCACGAAAGACAUGUCGAGGGGUCAGGACAAAACGCCAACAGGCCGCUUUGAAGACAACAGGCGGCCUGCGCCUCCACCCCCUCCAGUUACCCCUCACUUCAUGGAACAAUCAAUUCCCCAGCACCAUCCUCCAUCGAGGUCGAGCAGUUUCUACUCGUCAAACACCAACCAAGUUCCGGAGCCAAAAUCACCACCGCCACCAAUUCAGCCAAUAAAGUCUGAUUCCUAUCAAAUGCAGCAGAGGGUGCAGGAAAGAAGGUCAUCUGUUUCCACGCACCACACUGACAAAGCCGACAGGAUUGAAAUUGAGGAGUCGUCUGAGUUCUUGCAGCCUGUCGACUCGUCCACUCCAGUCUCAAUUGACAGAGAGUUUGCCAGAAGCUUGGAAAACAUCAAAACAAAGCUCUACUCAGCAAACAGUGCUAACCACUUCACCUACAACAGAGUCAACUGGAAGCUACACAUCAGGAAAGAGGUGUUUUCUCCCAACGAGGUUUUGAGCAACCCUCUGGCGUUGCACUUGAUAUUUUGCCAGGUGGUGCAGGACGCUUUGAGUCUGGCUUGCAUCAGGAUCAGCAGAGAGGAACGCAACAAAAUGCGUAAAAUGCUAGACAGCUACGGUAUUACCCUAAGCAACUUGCACUCGCCCCACCAUAAAGUGACCAUCAAGAAGAACAUUGUUGACAUCGCCAAGGAUUGGCCCACAUACUUUGCCAGGAUCUUCCCAAUUACAGGAAGCCAUCAAAAUCCUGAUGUGAAACACCUUGCCGUUUCUCACUCUGGCAUUCGAUUGAUCAGAAGGGAAAAGAGCAUUCCUAAUGACUAUCUUCAAGUUUUGGAUACGUUCAACUUUGAUGAGGUUGCGGAAACCUCAACUGUUAAGGGCAAUGCGCUGCAAAUAAUCUUGACCUCUGGCACCAGAUUUGUCUUCUACACCCACAGAGCCAUCCAAAUCAGAAACAUGAUUGAGCGUUAUAUGGUGGAAAUUGACAAAGAACAGCAUGAAUUCGUUCGAGCAGUGAAUGACCACCCAACCAGAGACUCUUCUCUGCUGGCUUUCAAGAAAGGCGACCUCAUAAAGGUUGUCAAUAAAGACCAAUAUAUUCAAAAAGGGUGGCUGUACGGCUCCAUGAAUGGUCGAAGUGGAGUCUUCCCUUGCGAUCUCGUUGAAGUGCUCGGCCGUAAUGAAGCCAUGAUAGUGCAACGACAGCAGCAGAAGCAGGUGGAGUCGAUUCCGCAGGGCGAGCACGAUGGCUGGACGAGGGGCAUGCACCCGCAGGUCCAGGUGCCGGUGGCCAACAAGGAGUAUUCCGCUCCCCCCUCAGGGCGCAUGAGCCGCGAGGGUAGAUCCAACAGCGUGGUCCACGACGGCAAACACUCGCUGCUGCAAUUUGCCAUGCUGCACUUCAGGAACAGCCCCGAAAAAUUCGAAAUGCUGAAAACCGCAGAUGGCUCCAUCAGUGGCUCCCUCAAGGUCAUCGAGAGCAUCAAAAACAACAAAAAGAGCAAGAAGAAGAGCAAAGACAACACGAGCGACUGGACCUGGAAGGAACAGGUUGACAUGGUGAAAUUCUCGGCCGAGCCGCCAAAACAGUCUCUUCUGCGUUUGGAGUCUGCAGAGCUGAGCGACCUGGCCGUCGAGUGUUUCUCCAGUAUCAUGUGCUACAUGGGCGACCUGCCCAUGCCUCCCGAGGUCACCGAGGUCAAAUGCGUCUACACUAUUCUCAUGCACUGUCACAAACACGAGAGCUUGCGAGAUGAGGUUUACUGCCAAAUAAUGAAGCAGACCACUAACAACAAAUCGCCCAAUCCCGACUCAUGUCAACGGGGAUGGCGGCUCUUCAGCAUCAUCGCAGCCUAUUUCACUUGCUCGCCGACACUCAAACAAUACCUUUUCAAAUACCUUGAAACCUCUGCGUACGACAAAAGAAGAGCUUAUCAUGGAACCGCCACCGUUUGUCUGCAAAACCUGCGCAAGACGUUCAAGUAUGGCGGCCGGAAAAACGUGCCGAGCGUGGAAGAAAUAACUGCCAUUAGCGCUGGCAGGAACUCUAAGCGCCAGAUUUACAGACUGCCUGGUGGCACUGAGCGUGUCAUCAACACAAAGUCAACCACCGUCGUGCAGGACAUCAUUGAAGAGAUCUGCACCGUGAUUGGUGUCGCCUCUGGUCCCGAGACUGAGGAGUUCUCACUCUACUGCAUCGUCGAGGGCGACUCAUUCACCAUGCCUCUGGCCAGGGAAGAGUACGUGUUGGACGUGACGACGGAGCUGCACAAAAACCAGCAGGUCUUUUACCUCAUCUUCUGCCGCUCGGUGUGGUUCUACCAAAUGAGACUUGAGAGCGCACUCUAUGUCGAAGUUGUCUUCAACCAAGUGGCACCAGACUACUUGGAAGGACUGCUUUUGGUCAUGCCAGGAGAACAGCUCGACCAGGAACUUGUCUACGACAUUGCAAAGGUGGCUGCCCUUUUGCACAGAGCUGCCGAUCUGAGCCACUUACCGACGAUGAAAGAGACAAAAUUCCUGCUUCCUAGACCGGCCCUCGGCGUCAGAGACUUGAAGCCCGCACAGUGGGUCAACAUGGUGCAGGCGAGCUGGCAUGAAGUCGAGCCGCUCACCGUUUCCCAGGCCAAGGCUCAAGUCUUGGAGCUCCUCUCUAAGUGGCCACUGUUUGGAUCUAGCUUCUUUGCUGUAAAGAGGGUGUCUGAUCCAAAGGAAAGAUCUGACCACAUUCUGGCUCUGAACCGACAUGGUGUCCACUUUUUGGACCUCAUGACUCAUGAGACUCUGAUGCAUUAUCCGUUCAGCGAGGUGAUAUCAACCAGGAAAGUUAAGUCUGAGGAUGGAAUCCUGUACUUGGACAUGAAGUGCGGCAACCUCAUGCAGCAACGCAUCACCCGCUUGCAGACAGACCAGGCGCACGAAAUCUCACGGCUCAUCAGGCAGUACAUUAGCAUGGAGCAGAGGCUGCGAGGCGGCCUUGACCAGCCUCACGACCUUCCUGCAGAUAUUAGCCUCAAUUCUAGAUAACUCUGACACAUCAUCUCAUCAGUAAUUUUAAACUUAUUAUCGCGCGUGGAACUGCUUCAGCACAUUCCGAUGGAUGGUUAUUGAAAGUGCCUGCUGAAUCAAUAAACUUUUUAAGGACUUUUUAUUCGUUAUAGGAAAAACUUAUUGUGCUGGCCAAAUUCGAAUAACUGCUCAAUUCAAAUGUAUCGGUGGACACACACUACACGCAGUACAGUAUAUCACACCUAUCUAUACUUUGUACAAAAAUGGUGAAUAUCUUGGGUCAAUUAUUCAGUUGAGUAGAUACACGCAAAUUUAUUUUUGAGAAAAGUUAUAUGGAGUACAUAUAUUUCAGUUGAGUUUAUGGCGUGAAAAUCUAAACAAGGUAUUACGCAUUCACGUGUGAAUAUCGCCGCAAGCAAAUAUUUUUAUGUGAUGCAAAGUUGCCUGCUUCCACUACUGACUUGGGCGCAUACGUAUAUAUUAUUUUUGCAGAUAAUUAUAUCAAUAAUUAAACUGUCAAUGUAACAAGCAGUCGUUUUGUUGGAUUGUAAAUAGUUGAAAUUUAAAAUAAAAUAUUAUUUACAAAAA